UUGAUCGCUAACUGCCAAGGCUGCAGUUCACUGACUGGCAGUACUCUUUAACUAGUUGUUCCGUUUUAUAAUAUGUUGUCUUCGACGUGGAAUUUUAUCAGGCGCCACAAAAGGAAAUUUAUGUUUGCCGGGGCAUUCGUUGGAGGUGUGUAUUUACUAGGUAAAUAUGCGCAAAGGAAAAUCCAAGAGAUCCAGGAGCGGGAGGCUGCAGAAUACAUCGCACAGGCCCGACGGCAGUUUCACUUUGAGAGUAACCAGAGGACAUGUAACAUGACCGUUCUGUCCAUGCUGCCCACUCUUAGGGAAGCUAUCAUCCACCAUCUGAACUCAGAGAGCCUCACUGCACUGCUCAAGACCAAGCCAGCUAACAAGCUUGAGAUUUGGGAGGACUUGAAGAUAAUCAGUUUCACGCGCAGCAUAGUGGCCGUGUAUAGCACUUGCAUGUUGGUAGUUUUGCUUCGUGUUCAGCUCAACAUCAUUGGGGGAUACUUGUAUCUGGACAACUCGGUGACCAAGAAUGGGACGACACCGUUAGCGCCCCCUGAUGUUCAGCAGCAGUAUCUGUCUAGUAUCCAGCACCUUCUCGGAGAUGGGUUAACUGAACUGAUAACUGUGGUGAAGAAAGCUGUACAAGAAGUGCUUGGAGGUUUGUCCCUGAAGCAGACUCUAUCCCUGCAGGAGCUGGAGCAGUUGCUGGCUGGGAUCAGAAGGAUGGUGGAGGAGGGCACUGGCCCCUCCACACACAGAGGGCUGUCCUGGUACAUGAUGCCUGAUGAGGAAAACACACUGGCCUCACAGGCCUGUGGUCUGACUGAGAAUGACAUCACUACGAUCAAACUGCUGAAUGAGACACGGGACAUGCUGGACAGCCCAGACUUCACCACCAUUCUCAACAUCUGCCUGAGCCGAGGCUUCAGUCGUUUCCUUGACAACAUGGCAGAGUUCUUCCGCCCCCCUCAGGGAGACUCCACCUCCUGCAACACACCCGAUAGUCUUUCGCACAUCAGUCUCCCGCUUGCCAAAAUAAUCCCCAUUGUAAAUGGACAGAUCCACUCAAUAUGUAGUGAGACACCCAGUCAUUUUGUCCAGGAUCUGUUGUUAAUAGACCAAGUGAAGGAGUUUGCUGCGAAUGUUUACGAGACGUUCAGUAGUCCUCUUGAGUUGCAGAAGUAAAGGUCUGGACUGAGAAUGUGAGGUUUAAUUGAAGGGUUAGACCUCCUCUUCAGCGUGGCCCAACAGCGUCAUUCCUCACACACAUGAACCCCUGGGAAAGUCCAGUCCCUGUUUCAGACGCACCCCGUACCCCUCCCAAACACCCCAGGAACAAAACCUCACCCCGGAACAAUCAAGAAGAAUCUUUUUUUUUUUCUCCCAAGAUUUUGUGGAGAGGAGUGUGCAGUCUGGACUUGGGCUGUCCUUGGCGAGGGAGUUGGGCGGUUUUGCGGUACAGUGUCAAAACUUGGUAGCUCCUCUGUGUUAGGAAGUAGGUGGGGAAAGGGAGACAUGCUUUUUCCCUGCCAGUCUGUGAAUCAAUAAUGUUACCAACUGGACCGUCUCUGAGUCUCGUGUCCGCACUGUCCUAUCAGGUAUGGAACUGGAUCUCUCUCCCCUGCUCACGUUUAAUAGGACAAGUCUCUCUCCUCUCAGAUACAGGGAGUGAGUGUAGUAAUAAUUCAUCUGUUUGUACUGAAUCCGUUUACACCGCAUCACCGUUUUUUGAGACCAGAGGCAAUCUGAAACUCUAAAGAAAUCCAAAAACGUCAACCUGGACUCUGUUAGAAAUGUUCUUGUGGACCUGAGCACUACAGUUUGUCUGUGAUACUGUACCUUAGAGCUGCUUGUGGGGUUGUGACCCUGUGGAGUCACCACUCAGCUACUGCCCGCACUGGACUGGCUUAAAAACAAACAAACAAAAACAGCCUGAUGCCUCACAGCUCCACAAAAGUACUGGGUUCCCACAUUUGAUCUUAACAGUGUUUUCAUAUUUUUAUGGAACUCACAGUCUCAGUGAUCAGUUUUUGUCUCUGAAUUGAGUGUUGGGACGAGGCAGGCGAGGAUUUUAACUGUCAAAUUCGGCUGGCCAGCUUUGCGCUCACCUCCCUCCUGUUUGAGGCACUGUAACUAGUUCAAGGAGAUUGUGUUCAUUUUGUAAAAUGACUCAUGAAUGUCAUUAUACACAA